AUGGUUCGCAUGGUCUCUGUUGCUCUGCUCUGUUCUGCCUUGACUGGUAUGAGCAGAGCCGCGGCUCUUGGCUCGGCCGAAGAGUAUGCGUCGGGAUCCGUUCAUGCCCAAAUCAUGGGUCUGAAAAUGGCCCAAUGGGAGGCCGAGUUGGCUGCUGGUCAGAUGGACAGCGCACAAUAUCCUGAGCUAGGCUAUACCAAGUGUGAGAACGGCUUCGCUGCGGCAAUCCCAGGGGACGUCAACAACACUUUCAGGUGCAAUAAUAUCGAUCUCUACCAUUUCUUGUCUCAUGCCGAUCUCGGCAGCUGGGGAGGCCGUGGUUCGUCCUCGUGGGGCUGGACUUCCGAAGAUGGGAGAGAGAUUAUGGCCGUGGGUCAGUAUGAUGGUACCGCGUUUGUUGAGAUUAGUCCCGAGGGCAAGAUGAUCUACCUCGGCCGACUGCCUCAAUACGAUCCCAUUGGCUCCAACUGGAGAGAGAUCCGUAUUGUCAACGACAUCGCUGUCAUUGGCUCCGAGGCUAUUCACCAUGGCGUUCAGUUUUUCGACAUGAAGAAGGUCCUUGAUCUCGAUCCCGCAAACCCUAAGAACUUCACCCAAGACGAUCUGACUGGUCACUGGGAUGAGCUGCCCGUGGGUCGGACUCACAACAUUGUCGUUAACGAAGAGCUCGGCUACGCAAUUGCUUGUGGCUCCGUUGGUGGUAACGAGACCAUCAGAGUCAGAGACGAACUUCCCUGCCGAGGUGGUUUGAUCUUCCUCGACAUCUCUGAUCCCACCAACCCAACCAGUCCCGGCUGUGCUGCUGGCGACGGCUACGUCCAUGAUGCCGAAUGCUUGGUGUACCGUGGUCCCGACAAGCGCUAUCAAGGCAAGGACAUUUGCUACGCGUACAACGAGGAUACUCUGACCAUCUACGACGUCACCGACAAGGUCGGCAAUACUACCAACAUCAUCUCCAUCACCACUUUCCCGGGUGCCGAAUACGUCCAUCAGGGAGUUGUCAAUGACAGGAUGAACCAGGAAUAUCUGUUCCUCGACGACGAGUUCGACGAACGUGACGCUGACGUUGGCCCAAUGACUCAGGGCCUGCCUACCACACAUAUUUUCGAUAUUCGUGACCUCGAGAAUCCUCAGUAUACGGGCAAUUACGUUGGAAAGACUCGCUCCAUCGAUCACAACCAGUAUGUGUACGGUGAUUACCUCUACCAGUCCAACUACGGCAACGGCCUGAACGUUUUGGACAUUAGCUCUGUCACGAAGGAUCCCACUGGCAGUAGCAUGUGUGAAGCCGGCUUCUUCGACAUAUACCCAGAGGAUGAUGAGAACGAGGGUGGUGGCACCGUCGCCUUCCUUGGCUCAUGGUCCUCGUUUGCUGGUUUCAAGUCGGGGUUCAUCUUCGUUCAUACCAUCGAACGUGGCUCCUUCGUUGUGAAGAUGACCAGCAAGGAAUGCCCCGAGCCUCCUGUCUGCAAGGCCGGCAGCUGCUUGGCUUCGCUCGAGGGAAGCCCAGAGGAGAGCAAAGAGUUCUGCCACGAUUUCUUGAUCAGACAGAACGAUGAGGAGAGUCUGGUACCGGGUUACGCUGCAGAGGCGUGUGGUGGUGAGGAUCUCAUCGCCCAGGUCAGCAGUGCCUGUGCUUGCGUGCCUACCUCAGAGGUGCCGGAGCUACCCCGCACGACCAGCAGGCCUCCUGUGCCAACUGUUCUUCCUCCAAAGGCGUAA